UGUAGUAAUACCAGGUAUUAAUAGUAGCUCAAAGCUCCGAGUUCCGACUACGCCAAAGGUACCGGUCGGUACCGCUACCGGUAGCACCCUAUAAUUCACAAUGGUCAAAUUAAAUUACUCCUGGCCUAUUACUUCAAGAGUACUUCAGUAGGUCUCCAGAAAAAGGAGAUAGAGAGUAAAAGCCCCUGAUGUCCAAAUGAAAAAUGAAUGGUCAAAUCCGUAUCCAAGAGCGCACGGAACCAAUGACUAAAGUCCCGUUCAGCAGUCACAGCUGCUUCGGCGGCACUUGCAGUCACUUUUUUCACCCUCAAACAGCUCACUUUUCUCCUCCCGAGCUCUCACUUUUUCUUCACGUCAAGCUCAGCCCCCGCCACUCCACCACACACCUAGCAUCAAGCGACUUGCAUAUUCUUCCUCAGUACCACCACCAAUCAAGCAGCAACAAUGAGCGACACCAAUGCUCCCACCCAUCCCAAGACCAUCAACAUGGCGGGACCAACCGAUGAUGAAACCAGCUGGCACGAAGAUGAUGCUGUCCACGUUGAAGAGGGCAAGCAGGCAGAAGAGAUUGCCAAGGAAGAGACAAAAGCCGUGGGCCGUAUCCGCCUGCUGGCGUUUGGAUUCUUGGUGUUGAUUACCAUUGGAGUGGCUCUGGCUGUGUACUACUUUGUGAGCCAAGCCGAACACCAGAGCUUUGAAGAGAGCUUUCAAGACAACUCGGAGAAGGUCCUCAAGUCAAUUGGAGGUGUGUUUGAUCUGACCCUGGGAGCCGUGGACUCCUUCACGGUGGACUUGGUGUCUUAUGCUCAUGAUACCGGCAAAGUCUGGCCCCAAGUGGCGUUGCCUAACUUUGGCGUUCGUUCCAAGAAGCUCCGCAGUCUCUCCAAGGCGGUCCACCUAGGAUUCUAUCCUGUAGUCAAGACUGAGCAGCGAGCCGAGUACGAGAAAUUCACCGCUGAAAACAAUCAGUGGGUCAAUGAGACCAUUCGGACUCAAGACCAAGACGAAGAGUUCGAAGGAGACAUUGUCUAUGAUUGGGAGCCCCUCAACUUUAUCCAUGGAGCUGAAGGACCCGUCCAGUACGAUGGGCCCUAUGUGCCUCAGUGGCAGACUGCUCCGGUCGUCCCCAAGUUCCCCUACUUUCCCUAUAACUGGGAUCUCAUGUACCUCCCUUUCUCUCGUUUGGCAGUCGAAGAGGUAAUCGCCUCUCAGUCCGUGGUGAUCCAGAAGACAUUCAAUGUAGCAGAUCCUAACGAUGAAGCAGCAGUCGUACAGGACGAAAUCUUUGCCUCCUGGGUCAAGGAGUUCCUUCCCAAAGGUAGUGAACAGCACAAGGAACCAUCUAUCCUUGUGUACUACCCCAUUGUUGAUACAGUUGCUGACUCUGUCAAUGUGGCCAACCAGAAGCAGAACAACGAGGUUGUGGCACUCUUUGGCAUGACUGUUUCGUGGAAGGACCUGCUCGUGGACAUUCUGCCCCCCGGGGAAGACGGCAUUGUUGUCACCUUUGACAACUGCGACCAGUCGUUUACAUAUCAGAUCAAUGGACCCAAGGCCCACUAUAUGGGGAGAGGUGACCUUCACGAUGACAAGUACGAGCAUCUCAUUCGAACAGCAGAACUGGCAAACCUUCAUGGCUACGAUGAAGCGUCCUCGUACAGUGGAUUCUCCCUUUCCACGAACUACUGCCCAUACAACAUCCGAGUAUAUCCAUCCCAGGCCAUGGAGGACAAGCACACUUCCUCAAAUCCCAUCAUCUUCAUGUUCAUUGCCAUUUUCAUCUUUGCCUUCACAUCGGCCCUCUUUCUGACAUACGAUGCCUUGGUAGAGAAACGACAAAAGAAGGUCAUGACGACUGCGGUCCAAUCGACCGAGAUUGUUUCCUCCCUCUUCCCGUCCAAUGUUCGUGACCGGCUCUACCCAACUAGUCAAGCAAAAGAACCAGCCAUCAAUGCUAGGGCAUCCUCCUCUGCAUUUAGUACCAAACGCAUCCAAGAUUUCAUCAACACUUCGAACACCAGCGGCAGUGCCCCGGAUCCAUCAAAUAAGACUCAAUCCUCUCCCAUAGCUGAUUCGUUUACGGACUGCACUGUGCUAUUUGCUGAUAUUUGUGGCUUCACAGCAUGGAGCGCAAAGAGACAACCGGAGCAAGUCUUUGAGCUCCUUGAAACUUUGUACGGUGCCUUUGAUUUGAGUGCGCAACGCCGUCGCGUAUUCAAAAUUGAAACUAUUGGGGAUUGCUAUGUCGCUAUCACUGGAUGCCCUGACCCAAACCCCAAGCAUUGUGAGGUCAUGUGUCGAUUUGCUAGAGAUUGCUUGACAAAGAUGCACGUGCUCUUGACUGAACUUUCCCACAGCCUGGGAGAGGAUACUGCAGCACUCAACUUCAGGGUUGGGCUUCACAGUGGAGCAGUGACCGCGGGAGUUUUGCGGGGCGCUAAAGCUCGUUUCCAGCUCUUUGGUGAUACGGUCAACACUUGUGCUCGAAUUGAAAGCUCAGGAGAAGCAGGACGCAUUCACGCCAGUCAAUCCACAGCGGAUUGUUUGAUCGCUGCUGGCCACGACAGUUGGCUUACCAUGCGCGAAGACAAGGUCCAUGCCAAAGGCAAAGGUGAAAUGCAAACAUGGUGGGUGACUCCCAAGUCUUCGCGUGCCUACACUGCCUCUACAGAUGAUGCCAGCAGCAUCAUUUUUGAAAACGAUCAUUCAGAAGUCUUUCCUCUUGACCCAAAUGUGGACUGCUAACUGUCCAAGUUGGCGUAUUUGAGUCUUUCAAAACCAGGCGAAGUACGGUAGUGCAACCAGAGUAGUAAUCUUGUAAUCUAGAACAUAUAUUUUUAUAUAUC